AUGGAGAGCCUCGGACAUCAUUCCCGCGCCGUGAGGACGAACAUGGCCCCGAGAAGAACGCAGCAGGUGGGGGCGGGGCCGUCCACGGAGCAAGCCUACAUCUACAAGGUGGUUCUGCUGGGGAGCACGGCUGUGGAAAAGUCAAGCAUAGCCUUCCGCUAUGUGAAAAAUGACGUCAGGGAAUCCUUGCCCACUGUGGGAUGUUCUUUCUUCACCCAGCUGGUAUGUUUAGAAACUGCCACGAUCAAGCUUGAGAUCUGGGACACUGCAGGACAAGAGAAGUACCAUAGCGUUUGCCAUCUUUAUUACAGGGGGGCGAAUGCUGCCCUUCUUGUAUAUGACAUAGCCAGAAAGCCCAAUCCAGCUCACCAGCCAAGGCUCGUGAUUGUUUUAGUCGGCAAUAAGACAGAUCUUGCUGCUCAGCGGGAAGUCACCUUUGAGGAGCCCGCAACCAUGGAGCCCCGCUCCCCCGGCAGGAGCCCGGAGACUCCUGCUACCCCGCCAACAGCCUAG